UAUUAGCAUGGAAGAAGAAAUCUCUAUAAAAUGAGUCAUCGUUGGAGACUCCAAGGUUGGCAAAACCUCGAUCCUCAUGAGCUACGGAGAAGACACUAUGCCAGAUGGACAUAUCCCCACAGUUUUCGAAAAUUAUACAGUAGCAGUCAAGGUAGAUGAUCAGGUAGUCUCUCUUUCCUUGUGGGAUACAGCCCCUCAUGAAGAAUAUGAUCGCCUCAGACCCCUCAGUUAUCCAGGAACUGAUGUCUUUAUUAUUUGAUACUCAGUUACAGACUCUAAGUCUUUUAAAAAUGUGAUGGAUAAAUGGGUACCUGAGAUCAAAUAAAAACUGCUCUCCAACUCCUAUUGUCCUUGUUGGGAAUAAAAUAGACGCAGACAAGGACAAAAGCAAUAUGCAUGAGUCCAUCAGCAACACAAGGAGUUCAAACACUAUGGAAUCAUGCUGAGACGUAUUAGACCAAAACGACAUAUCCUCAAUCAUCACCACAAGCGCCGCCACCAAAGAAAACCUCGACCACCUCUUCGAAACAGUCAUCAAAGUCGCCAUAAAACACAAAUACAAAUCCGAAGAGCCCAACAAAAAGAAGAAAAGAUGCAUAAUCUUCUAACCCCCUCCCUUAAUCCCUCU